AUGGUCUUUACUGAAAGCAAGGAUUCAGAAGACAUUCAAUAUUGUUUUAGUUCAUUAAAUGGUUCUUGCACUAAGGAGCCUUGGUCAAUGACCACAAGGACACUUCUGUACAUCUUAUUUUCAGCUGGAAUAAUGAUGACAAUCUGUGGAAACCUUAUGGUGAUUAUUUCAAUCUCACACUUUAAGCAACUUCAGUCUCCAACCAACUUUCUGGUCCUCUCACUGGCUGUAGCUGACCUCCUUAUAGGACUAACUGUUAUGCCUUUUAGCAUGAUUAGGACUAUAGAAAGAUGUUGGUACUUUGGAGAUACAAUAUGUGUUCUACAUAACAGCUUUGAUGUCUCCCUUACUUCAGCUUCAAUCAUUCAUCUGAUAUUUAUUGCUAUUGAUCGUUACUAUGCUAUUUGUGAUCCAUUACAUUAUACUAACAAAAUAAACAAUUGUGUGAUAGGAAUGUAUUUGACAGUCAGUUGGGCUGUUCCAGUAAUUUAUGCAAAUGUUUCAUUACUUUCCAAAUCAGUAAUAGAGCAAGGUAAUUAUAUUACACCAAAUGCUUGUAUAGGUAGCUGUCAAGUUAUUUUUAAUGAAGUGCUUGGAACUAUAGAUUACCUUGUAUCUUUUUUUAUACCCUGUUUAUUAAUGUUGGGCAUGUAUGCCAAAAUCUUCAUUGUUGCUCGAUGGCAUGCAGAAGCAGUACAUUCUGUUGGAGUAAAGUUCAGGGUACGGCUGCAAGGAAAGGUUACACAAAGUAAUGAGCACAAGGCUGCAAAAACAUUAGCCAUUGUUGUGAUUGUGUUUGUCCUGUCAUGGCUUCCAGCAUUUAUUGAUACAGUUAUUGAGCCAUACAUUAAUUAUUCUACCCCUACGAUUGUUUCUGAUGCAUUAUUAUGGCUGGGAUAUUUUAACUCUGCAUGCAAUCCUAUUGUGUACGCAUUCUUUUAUCCUUGGUUUCAGAAAGCACUGAAGCUGAUAGUGUCAUUCAAGAUAUUUAGAGCUGGUUCAUCAUCUUUAAAAUUAUAUUCAGAAAAUCCAUAA